AUUCAGUCCAAUUGAAACCGAUCAUCCAGCACGAUGCAACUUCUCCCAGCCCUUAUCACUGCUCUCACCCUGUGCACUGGAGUCUUCGCCCAAGACUGGCAUGGAUGUGCGGCAGGCUUCAGUUGUCAAAACAAGGAGCAAUGCCGUAAUCAGCGAGAUUGCCAGGAGCAAGCCCACCAUAAUCUUGACAAGAUUCAUUGUGGUCAAGCGAACCAUCCUGUCGCUUGUUGGGCGUAUACGAACUGAUGACAAGGGCUUUUUUUCUGACUAAUUCAUGUUUCAUGAUUAAGACAUGAUAGACCAUACAGGUGGAAGUCGCUAAGAAAGGAGAAAUCAAGGUUGUUGUAUCAUAUGCCCUGUAGCUAUCUCGUUUCUUCGUCUGUGCCCUUUUAAUAUCAGUG